AUGAAGGGUAUCCUUGUUGCUGCUAUCAUCACAGCAUUUGUGGUUGCAGCUGUAGAAUCCCUAUGUUGUGUGCAGUGUAAUUCAUUGACAAACUCCUGUGACAACAGCACCAUCACUGAGUGUCCCUUACAUGCCAAUGCCAGCUGUAACAGUUUCGUGACCAACUCUUCAGGGGCAGCCAACAUAUACCAGGAUAAAGCCUGCUCUGCGGAGAACUGCAGGGAAGGGAGAGACAUGGUUGAAGCCUUCACUGUCCAUGUGUCUGAUAACGAAUACUUCCAUUUUAUAAGCCAGUGCUGCCAAGGAAAGGACUGUAACACCAGUGAUGCUCUGGCUCCUCCCCUGGAAGAUGUGUCCAGCAACACAGAGUGUCUUGCCUGUUAUGGAUCUAAUGAAAGUUCCUGUAAUGUGCAACACAGGAAAUGUUAUAAAGAAGAACGGUGUGUCAAUCUAGUUGCAGAAUUUAAGACUGACACAGAGACUAAGAAGCUCGUGCUGAGAGGCUGUUCCAACAUCAGUAACUCCACCUGUCAGUUCCUGUCUGCUGAGAACCGGACAGUUGGAGGAGUCAUCUUCCGAAAGUUUGAGUGUGUAGACAGCGCUAACUCCUCCUCGACUGCCCCCCCGCCCACCCCUCCUGCUAGCAGCUCCAACGCCUCCUCAGCGCCCACCUCCAGUGAGCUCACCACCCCGGACACGGGCUCCAAAGUCUCCUUCUCCCCUGCGUUCUUUGUCAGCCUCCUCCUGCUGGGGCUGCUCUUCUGA